GUCGAUUUAAGAGUGGUUAAGGAUACACUUUCGAGAAGAAAGAAGGAAGCCGAUAAGGCUAACUGUGAAAUUUCGAGAAUUGACCCUGGACUUGUAAAAAUUACAAGCGAUAGAACAAAGUUGUUAGUUGAGUCAAAAGCUGUAUUAGAUAAAAUUGCUAAAGAAGACCCAAGAAGAGCGAAAGACAUCUUAGUCCCUGCCUUACAGCUUACCGGCAAUCAUGCCACGCUCUAUUCACUCAGUCUUGCCGCUAAUGGACUUUAUUUUGGUGUAAAAGAGGCGUCCGCUUAUGUGCCUAACUUCAUCUCUAAUAUGAACAACUUCAGAGACGUAAUUCUUUUGCUAUUUAAGUUCAAAGUAAGUACAAGAAGGGCACAUUAUAUGAUAAAAUAUUCUAACAAAUAG